AUGUCUUUCCACAUUGCGAACCCAGCGGUCGGCGACCCCCAAAACUCGGAAGAUUGGCGCAUCCGUGGCUACAACCCACUCACCCCGCCCGAUCUGCUGCAGAGCGAGAUCCCCCAGACACCAAAGUCGAGAGAGACGGUGCUCAAGGGCCGCAAUGAGACAGUCGAGGUGGUGCAGGCCAAGGACGCCAACGGUCGCUUGCUCGUCGUCAUCGGCCCCUGCUCCAUCCAUGACCCCGCAGCCGCGCUCGAAUACUGCGACCGGCUGAUGAAGGUCAAGGAGAAGUACCAGGAUGAUCUCCUCAUCGUCAUGCGCUCCUACCUGGAGAAGCCCCGCACCACAGUCGGCUGGAAGGGUCUGAUCAACGACCCCGACAUCGACAACAGCUUCAAGAUCAACAAGGGCCUGCGCAUCUCGAGACAGCUCUUUGUCGACUUGACGGAAAAGGGCAUGCCGCUGGCCAGCGAGAUGCUCGAUACCAUCUCUCCCCAGUUCCUGGCUGACAUGCUGAGCGUGGGUGCCAUUGGUGCUAGGACGACCGAGUCGCAGCUGCACCGUGAACUUGCCUCUGGUCUCUCCUUUCCUGUCGGCUUCAAGAACGGCACAGAUGGCAGCCUGGACGUGGCAGUCGAUGCCAUUGGCUCGGUCAAGCACCCGCAUCACUUCCUCUCCGUCACCAAGCCUGGUGUUGUCGCCAUCGUCGGCACCAUUGGCAACGACGACUGCUUCGUCAUCCUCCGCGGUGGAAAAAGGGGCACAAACUUCGAUGCCAAGAGCAUCAAGGAGGCGCGCGAGAAGCUUGAAUCCAAGGGCCUCAACUCGCGCUUAAUGGUCGACUGCAGCCAUGGUAACUCGGAAAAGAACCAUCUGAACCAGCCCAAGGUUGCACAUGCCCUGGCCGAACAAAUCGCGGCUGGCGAAACAGCCAUCAUGGGCGUGAUGAUUGAGAGCAACAUCAAUGCCGGCACACAAAAGGUGCCCGCAGAGGGCAAGGCUGGCCUGAAAUACGGUGUCAGUAUCACGGAUGCGUGUAUCGACUGGGACAUGACGCUCGAUGUUCUCGAGGAGCUCGCUCAGGCUGUAGCGAAGCGCAGGGCGUUGCGCAGCAACCAGAACGGCACCAACUAA